AGCGCGACAAGGGCAAAGGGAUAGCAGCAAGUGAAAUACCGGUUUUCAAGGCAUCAGUGUCAGAAGCACGUAAAACUAGCGUUUAACUCACAUUUUAAUAAAAAACUAGCCUUUUCAUUAUUUUGCCGUAACCUUCUUCGCACUUCAUACAGUUUAUGAUUCAGAAGAAAACUGAAUUAGGUUCCACUGAAGAAACUUUCUUCACAUCAGGUUUUAUUUACCCACAAAAGAACCAUUUGUUCUUCACUGGCAUUUGAGCUGUGUUAACUCUAUACCAGCCCACUGUGCCGGGAAAUGACUGAGAAAACAUCAGAUUUUCUACCUAAGGUUUUAUUGUGAAUCUGUGUGCCAACGCUGACGGGUUUUCCAGUGAAUGGCGCUGCAGGUUGUGACCCUCCGAGGCUGGACAGGAAAGCUUGGUGGUAAAGGGGAUACGUUUAACAGAGGUUUUAGUAGGCAACUUCUAAACUACAACAAACGGAAAAGGGGACAUUUUAACUAUAGUUGGAGACAGAAAAAGGUUUUGGAUGACUGCUGUGGAUGUAUUCCUUUCAUUCAAAACUUGAAUUGGUUUCUGACUUCUUCAGUUUGCUUGCGAUAUCAAACCACCAGCCAACUUGGGCGCCAGAACAUUUAUCAGAAAUAUAAUAAUGAAACAUUGCAGACAUGGAUGAAUUUGCCACAGGUUCAAUAUUGUCAUCAGAGAUUAUUAAAGAAGGAAGAAUGUAUCCAUUCUUUGAGUUGCAUUCCAGAUAAAGCCAAAGGUCGCUUUCAUAAAACAUUGAUGGAAAUGCAGUACCCAAGACUUGCCCACAAUAGCGAACUUCUGCCCUUGCAGGCUAAGAAUAAUAUAGUGGGAAAGUCCAAGCAGAAUGAGUGUUUGAUUUCUAAAAAUUUGAAUUUUACCACAAUUGCCAUUGACUACAAAAUGGAUGGUAUUAGGAUGGAUGUAAGACUGUUUAAGAAGAUGCCUUCCAAGGACACAAAUAAACAUUAUUUGGACACUUGUACUUUAUUUAACAAUGAAUAUUUCUGUGGUCUGUGCCAUCCUGGAUUUCUAUAUUCUCACUUACAAGCACAUCCCCACUGGGAAUCGCUAAUAUUUGAGAGUACCCAACCCUUAAAUUGUGUUGAUUCUACUAGCAAAAAUGAGAAAAACAUGGAUGAACAACUAGCUGUCAUGUUUGAUAAGCUGAGGAUAGAGCUCCCGAAUUACUUCUUGAGAUCACAUGAUUACAGCAUUUAUUCUCAAGAUGUAGAAUUCAUUAAUGGAUUUCUACACAUGAAGACAAGGGGGCGUGUAACGUAUCAGGUGUGCCUCACCCUUUGCCGUUUCUUAGCAUGGAAUUACUUUGCUGAUCUGCAUAUGGAGGUUUUAAAGCUGACACAGCACCAGGAAAACUGGACUAUCCAAGCACGCUGGAGGAUCAGAGGAUUGCCAUUUCAUGUUUUUCUUCUGCGCUUCUAUAAGAAAGACAAGACCGAGUUGUACAGGACAUAUGAUGCUUUUUCUACAUUCUUCUUAGAUUCUAAUGGACAAAUCUGUUGUCAUAAGUUGGACAAGAUGAUGCCUGUUCCACCCCAGAGUAACAAAGUUAAAGGAAUGUUUGCUAGCCUGCUUGUGCUUCUGGGCAUACAAGAACAUCGACCAGCUCUCAACCACUAAUAUUCUGACUGGGACCCAAACUGUUCCAAAGGGAGAGAAAUGGAAGAAAGCUGUAAUGUCACUUUAGUGAAUAUUCUGUUUAUCUUGUACUGCUGAAUAUUAAUUCAAAACAGAAAUAACCAGUGUCAAAUAUACUGUAUUUCUAAUAAGAAAAAAAUAACUAGCCAACCAAAAUGAAAACAUGACAUUCAGUAAAACAAAAAUCCCAAUAUUUGCAUAAUUAUCUAAACAAAUAAACUGGUCAUGUGCUUUGUCAUAGCUAUAUCAAUUCUAUGAACAGCACAACAUUUUGUUGCAGUUCAUGAGUCCUUCCAAUGUUAAUUAGGUGUUUAAUUUUUUUGGUAAGCAAACACAUUUUGAAUGUAAAUUCCAAUAUCAAAACUAUUUCCUGUUGAGCUGUUCAUUAAAUUGUCAUGUUCCAUUGUAAUCUUUUUUUUUUUUAUUUAGUACAGCAUGUAAGUGUAGCUAUUAAGAAUCUAACAUUUUCCAGAGUCUGAAGUUACAGAUAAGAACAUGGGUUUUGCCUUUGUAAUUUACAUACUCAGUUACCAGUUGUCCGGCUAAAUAAACUGAGCAAUAAAAUAAAUGUUUUAAAAGCUAACAGUUAUGAAACA